AUGGCGGAAGAUGCUCGCCUACAGAUAUUCGCUGCCUUCACUGGCCACUUGCUUUGUACGCUCCCUGUCAGCCAUUCCGACAGCCUGACAAGCAUCAAGAGGAAGGUGGAAAGAGAGCUGCAGAUCCCAGUGCGCGAACAACGACUCCUUCCUCUGAGUAGUGGCCCUGCAACACUCUUCGCUGCUCAGCUAUGGCAUGAGGAAGAGCAGCAGUGGGACAUGGCAACCUCAGCUUUGGCGUUGAUCCGCUUGAGCCCAGAUCGCUUGAAAGCCUUUGACAUUCUUUCCUCUGGUGGAUCUCUGCGUGAGAUCCCGGAAGAGCUCCGAUCGGAUGCAGACAUUGUGCUUGCUGCCGUAUCUCGCAACGGGUUUGAGCUGCAGUACGCUGCAGAUGUCUUGCGAGGCAAUGAAGCCGUGGCACUGGCCAGUGUUCGCGAGAAUGGGCUUGCCCUCAAGUAUGUUUCUGCCGAGUUAAAGGAAGACUGUGACGUUGUCUUGGCAGCCGUGCAGAACAGUGGCUCAGCCCUGAGAUAUGCCGGAGAAGGACCACGCAGAGAUAGAGAGGUUGUGAUGGCUGCCGUGUCGAACUGUGGCACGGCGCUGCCCCUGGCCUCCUCCGAGCUGCGAGCGGACCGCGAAGUCGUGCUGGCUGCCUGCCGCGAAUGCGGCCUGGCGCUGCGAACGGCCGCAGAAAACCUUCGUGCAGACCGGACGGUGGUUCUUGCAGCUGUUCGCCAAGAUGGGCUUGCGCUGAGGUACGCGCCAACUCUUCAGGAUGACCGAGAGGUUGUCCAAGUGGCAGUCGCGGAGACGACGGCUGCCUUGAGCUAUGCAUCAGCCAGCCUAAGAGAUGAUCCCGAAUUUGCAGGGGCAGUGGCGGCACUGCAAUCUGAUGAGGAUAGCUCAAGCUAUAGUGGCGGCUCUGUACAUGAAGAGGGUGCUGACAGGUUUGAGUGA